AUGCGCGAAGCAACAAAAAAGUACAAUAAAGUGGUGACUCUCGCUGAAAAGAUGGCACAGAUGUGUAGGAGCAUUGACGGAUUCAUUCAUGAACUUCCCCGGAAGAAGAUAUAUGAAGAUACAAAAAAUCGUUUGGCCAAGUUUGAGACCGGCGAGAAAGGACCAAAAAGUGGACCGGGAAAGGUACUUAUGCUGGUUGGAGCCACAGGAGCAGGCAAGAGUACACUCAUCAAUGGGAUGAUAAAUUACGUGUACGGAGUGAAGUGGGAAGACCCUUUCCGUUUCAAGCUGAUUGUGGACGAAGGUGCCGGGAAGUUCGAAGCUCAUAGUCAGACAAAGUGGAUCACGGCUUACGUCCUACAUCAACAGGAAGGAUUCCAUCUCCCCAGUACUUUGACUCUCAUCGAUACCCCCGGGUUUGGGGACACUGAGGGGAUCAAGGCAGACGAUGAGUUGAGGAUUCAGAUCCACGAAUUCUUUUCCCAUGGUGGGAACAUCGGAGUGGAUCAGCUCGAUGGAAUCUGUUUCGUUGUACAGGCCUCCCUGCCUCGGUUGACUCCCGCUCAAAAGUACAUAUUUGACUCGAUCUUGGCCGUAUUAGGGAAAGAUGUUGAAAACAUUAUCUACGUGCUGACUACCUUUGCGAGCCGCGAGAAGCCUCUUGUUCUAACUGCCCUCAAGGCCGCUAAAAUUCCGACUAUGGCAAGGGCAGAAAUGGUGAGGCAAACAAAAGAGGAAGCAUCAGGGGAGCGACUGAAUGCCAAAGGUGUUCUGAACGAACUCAUCAAGGACUUUAACGUUGAGAGGACCAACGUCUUGAAUCUGACUAUGGAGGCGCACCAAUGCUUGCAGAAGCUCGACAAGAUUGCCCUGAAGCCCGAUCCAUUGCGUAUCACAGAAUACGUUGACUUCUUGAUUGAGAGCGAAAAACGAGAAGCCAAACCUGGUUUCGAACAAAGGAUCACAUAUCUUCUAGAUGUAAAGGAGAGAGAAAAAUUGGCCAAGAAGCUGAAGGAUGAUUAUGAUCCAUUUGAGGAAUGCAUGAAGGAGUUCAGAGAUCGAGGUAUGGAUAUGUCGGACUUUGACUGGACCACUUCUCGAUCACUGCCCGCCCGUGUAUACCAUGAUGGGAAAGAAUGGCUUCCUAACCUUCAUCAUGAAGUCACCUUGGAAAAUGAACUAUCUUUCAUGACAGAGUUUUCUGGAGACUUCUUGGACUGGGUUGCCUCUAAAGACCGAUUCUUUGAUGAAUCCGAACCUUUCCCGCUCUGGUUCAUGUGGGGAAAGAUCCGCUACCGCGUGGAGGUAUUGCAGACUCAUUUCAACUGUUUCAGGUAUUGA